AUGGAGGUGAAUAACUGCUCGGUGGUUACUGAGUUCAUCCUGUUGGGAAUCCCACACACAGAGGGCCUGGAGACUAUGCUAUUUGUCUUAUUCUUGCCUUUCUAUGUCUGCACUCUGCUGGGAAAUUUAUCUAUCCUCGUGGCUGUCAUUUCUUCUACUCGUCUUCACACACCCAUGUAUUUCUUCCUGGGGAACUUGUCCGUGUUUGACAUGGGUUUCUCCUCUGUGACGUGUCCCAAAAUGCUGCUGUACCUUAUGGGACUGAGUCGACUCAUCUCCUACAAAGACUGUGUCUUCCAGCUCUUCUUCUUCCAUUUCCUUGGAAGCAUCGAGUGCUUUUUGUAUACUGUGAUGGCCUAUGACCGUUUUGCUGCCAUUUGUUAUCCUCUGCGGUACACAACCAUCAUGAACCCUAGAAUCUGUGUAGCCCUUGCUGUGGGCACGUGGCUGUUAGGGUGCAUCCAUUCCAGUAUCUUGACUUUUCUCACCUUCACAUUGCCCUACUGUGGCCCCAAUAAUGUGGAUCACUUCUUCUGUGAUAUCCCAGCACUCUUGCCCUUGGCCUCUGCUGAUACAUCCAUGGCACAGAGGGUGAGUUUUACCAAUGUUGGCCUUGUAUCUCUUCUCUGUUUUCUCCUAAUCCUUGUGUCCUACUUUCGAAUCACAGUUGCUAUCUUGAGUAUUCACACAACUGAGGGACGCCACCAUGCAUUCUCUACCUGUAGUGCCCAUCUCAUCGCCAUCCUCUGUGCCUACGGGCCCAUUAUUACUGUCUACCUGCAGCCCACACCCAACCCCAUGUUGGGAACUGUGGUGCAAAUUCUGAUGAACUUGGUAGGACCAAUGCUGAACCCUUUGAUCUAUACUUUGAGGAAUAAAGAAGUAAAAGCAGUCCUAAAAACAAUAUUGCACAGGAGAGACUCUAUCUCCAAAAGCUAG